AUGGCUCCUCCGUAUGGGAUGCUCUCCCCCGUUGUAGGACUUCUUGUGAAAGGAAUAUGGAAGCCCAUCAAGAAGCACUGCGGUGACUGCCUGAAGCCUGGAAACAAAAUUGAUGAUCUGGAAACAUCUUGGGAUGGUCUAAAAGUCCACGUAGAUACUAUUGCUGAGCAAAUACAAUUGGGUAAGAGACCGAGGGUUCAAACAACAAAAUGGAUAGAAAAUGCCCAAUCAAUGGCAGACAAAUCACACGCAAUCAUAAAUAAGUUCGAGGGAAGGAGCAAACAUAUGUUAGGUUGCUCUUGGAAUUGUUGGUUCAACUACGGGAUUGGUCGUGCUGCCAGAAAGAGCAAGAAAGAAGUUGACGAACUCAAGGAGGGAGCUCCCCAAGAUGAUCAUCUCUUCACUUUGCUCCCACCGGUUGGCAUAGAACUGCCUCUGCCACCUCAUAUCGUGGGGCAAAACGAGUAUAUGGAUAAGAUUGUUGGCUGCAUUGAAGAAGGUUCCACGCGCUUGGCUGGGAUAUGUGGCAUGGGAGGGGCAGGAAAAACUACUCUCCUCAAGCAAUUAAACAACACCUUUAGUUGCACUGCAGAAAUGCACACAUUCCAUCAUGUGAUCUAUGUGGAAAUUGGUCAGCAACCAAAUCUGCGUACAGUUCAGCAGAGCAUUGCAUCCCAGCUUGGGCUGACGCUUGGACAUGAGGAUAUGACGUCUAGAUCUGCAUCCCUCUACAACUUCCUGAAGGAAAGGAAGUUUUUAUUGUUGAUGGAUAACCUUUGGCAACCACUGGACCUAGAGAAGGUUGGGAUACCACAAGAGCACAUUCAAAACAGCCCACAAAAUAGGCAGAUGAUUGUAAUCACAUCACGAGAUCAACAAAUAUGCCGAAGAAUGCAAGCACAUAGUGAGGUGUUCAUGUUACAAAAGCUCAAGUUUGAAGAAGCGUGGAGUCUCUUCGAAGUGAAUGUGGGCUGCAGUAGACUAACCAACACCAAUGCACAAAUCAGAGCUUAUGCUGAGAGCAUUGUUCACAAGUGUGGAGGCCUUCCACUAGCACUUAAGAUAGUUGGCCAGGCUAUGGCAUCAAAAGAAAGUGAACAAGAGUGGGAAUUCGUUGUGAUGUUGCUUCAACGGUCUCAAUUCAAUCAAGUUCCAGAUGCAUAUGCAGAAAGUGACCUAUAUCAUGUACUGUACAUCAGUUAUGAGCAACUUCCAGAUACAAGGACAAAGCAAUGUUUCCUUUCCUUUACUCUAAAAGUAGAAGAUUAUGUAUAUGUGCCAUAUGCAAUACAUCUCUGGAUGGGACAUGGAUUACUUGAUGAGGAUAAUGAUAUGAGAACCAACGAUUUGAGAGGCCAUGCUGUUGUUGGAUGUCUAAAAAGAGCAUGUCUAUUAGAAGAACAUUCAAGAGGGAAAAAUUACCUAAGCAUGCAUGAUACAGUCAAAGGUCUGGCUCUUUGGAUCAUACAAAAUAAACAAGGAGAUGGACCUAGCAAGAAUUGGCUAGUACAUAAAGGAGAUAAAACCAUGAAAUUAGAAGACUGGUGCACUGCCCAUAGGAUUUCACUCCAUAACUUGAAGGAUGUGGUAAUCCCUAGUUCUGUCCCUUGGCGUUGGCUAUUAACUCUCAUACUCACAAGAAGCAAUAUUAUUGGCAAUGUUCCUACAGGCUUCUUUAAAACUGCUCCAUCUCUCACCUUCUUGGAUAUAAGUCGCACUAAUAUCCGGGAACUCCCAUCAGAUGUUGGAGAAUUAGUGAACUUGCAGCACCUUGAUCUUUCAAGCACUCCAAUCCAGUCGAUCCCAAUGGAGCUUCAACAUUUGAAAUGUUUGAGGUACCUAUAUUUAGGAUACACCUAUGAGCUGGUAACAAUCCCAAAUGGGACAAUAUCUGCUCUAACAACGUUGAGAGUCUUUGAUUUAUACUCUAGUGGGACCUUCCUAGAGGACACAACACAGGCAUGCAUUAAGGAGUUGGAGAGUUCGGCAUGGAUACAAUCAUUGGGGUUCACCGUUAGCGAUUCUAAUUCACUUCAAAGGAUACUCAACUAUUCUAAGGCCUCCUUGAAAUCCCUUUGUUUGAGAGAAGUGAAAGGCUUGCCACAUCUCCAUAUCGCACCUGGAUUUUUUAGCAAAACGAAGGUACAUGAACUCGAGAGGUUGACAUUGAAAGGUAUGGAGAGCUUAAAGGAGUUGUACAUAGGGGAUACGAUUGUGGAUUCAGAUUGGCACUUCGGGAAACUUGACAAACUAACAUUUUGGAACCUAAGAGAGUUGGAAGUUGUCGUAUGGAAAGGGGUGGUGCCUCAUGCUUGCUUCCCUAAACUUCAUGUGUUACUGAUCUCUGACUGCCACAACAUCAGGACAGUCUCAUGGAUCAAGCAGCUCCCAUGCCUAGGUGAGGUAUAUUUGAUUCACUGUGAUUCAAUGUUGGAGUUGGUAGCUGCAGCUGAAGGGGGAGGAAGCAUGUCAUCCGCUGCGGAUUCGUUUCCCCGGCUCAAGGUACUUGGACUGAGUGGUCUUGGGAACCUGCACAACAUAUGUGAUGGCACUCCUGUAUUCCCUUGUUUGAAGCGCUUGCUUGUGUACAAUUGUUCGAGGCUGGCCAAAUUGCCAUUCGGGUUAUACAAGGAAGAGUGUGUGCCGGUGAUACUAGGCAGACAAGACUGGUGGGAACAACUAGUCUGGGAGAAUAGUAGCACGGAAUCUACUUUAAACUCAUUCUUCAGGGAACUGCCGUCGAGUUUUCAAGGAAAUUUUGAAGAUGUUCGCAGGGCAUUAACUCGUUAUUAA